UCUUUUUCUUAGCGUAUAGUGUUCUCGUAGUCUGCACGUCGGCGUUUUCGUCAUACAUUGCUAAAUCAUUUGUAUUUCAUAAUAACGAUGCCUCAAGACUUUCAACAAGAAAUCAUAUCCAUAAGAGAGUGGCUUGCGAAAGAACCUCACCUACCAAAUGACUUUGAUGAUUUCAUGCUGGAAAAGUUUUUGCACAGCUGCUAUGGUAGUUUGGAGAAGACAAAGAAAUGCAUAGAAAGGUUUUGUACGACGCGCAGUCACAUGUCAGAGAUCUACACAUCGAGGGAUCCGAUAUCAUCGAGCAUGGAGACCGCUUUCUCUAUUACUAACGUUACCACUCAUGAGGCUGGUGAAAAUGAAAUAUUAAUUCAUCAAUUGGAAGAUCCGACUCUGGAAAGAUUUAAUUUUUACGAUAUCUUGAAGACAUUCGCUUUACAAGCAGAUAUGUGGUUAAUGGAACAAAAGUUCUUGCCCGAAGGACAUAUUAUUGUCUUGGAUAUGAACAAUUAUUCCUUGAGAAUGAUUCCUAGAUUAAAUAUUUUCUUCCUAAGAGAAUUCUUCAUGUAUUUAUUGGAAGGAAUGCCAGUACGUGUAAAACAAAUCUAUGCAAUCAAUGCGCCGUCAUUUUACGACAAACUUUUCGCCUUAGUUAAACCGGUGCUACCAUCUGAAAUUUGCAAUAUCAUUCGUUUCUUGCCCGAUUUUCAAAGCUUGCAUCAACAUAUAGACAAAAAAUAUCUGCCAUCUGAGUACGGAGGCGAAGCGGAAAGUAUGAAAGCACAACACAAAAACUGGAUUGUUCAAAUUCAACAGACCAGAUCAAGAUUUUUAAACGAUAACUUAUGGAAAGCAGACCUGAAAAAGAAAUCAAAAAACAACUCUUUUGAAAAUGCAAUGAGUGGUUCUUUCAAAACAUUAUGCAUAGACUAGUUUAACAUAGUAUGGUUUUAUUUUACAACAGAAUAAGUUUUUACAUUGUGAAGGUAAUUAAGUAAACAUAACAUAUCAAAUAUGUUAUUCCUUAACCCUUAUUGUGGCUAGAUUCUUUUUUGAAUAAGAGCUAAAAAAAAACGUCUAGAAAUGACACGUGUUUAAUAAAACUAAGUUAAAAAUUAUUUUAUAGUGAUCGUAUAUUUUUAUAAAGUUGUAUAUAUGGUAUACUAUACAAUAUGAACAUAAGAUUUUGAUACCAUUUCAUAAUAAAACAUACCUAAUACUUUGUAA